CAGUUGUUGGGUUCCGGUUUCAGCGAAAUUAGACAACUAAAACGCAUGCUGUCCCUCCUGGAUGUUGAUAAGAGAUUUUAAAAGACGUGAAAGCGUGAAGCUACAGUUUGUCUACAGGUUGCACUUAGAGAACUCCGAUAUCAACAGCCAUGCCAGCUUCCAGCCAAAAUGCCCUGUUCGGGAUGGGAAACCCUUUGUUGGACAUUUCUGCAGUGGUGGACAAGGACUUCUUGGACAAGUACGGUCUGAAGCCCAAUGACCAGAUCCUGGCAGAGGACAAACACAAAGAACUGUUUGAAGAGAUCGCCAAGAAGAACAAAGUGGAGUACCAUGCCGGCGGUUCUACGCAGAACUCUGUCAAAAUUGCCCAGUGGAUGAUCCAGGAGCCCCACAAGGUGGCCACGUUCUUUGGCUGCAUCGGUAAGGACCGCUUCGGUGAGAUCCUGAAGCAGAAGGCGGAGGAGGCCCACGUGGACGCGCAGUACUACGAGCAGAGCCAGGAGCCCACCGGCACAUGCGCCGCCUGCAUCACCGGAGAGAACAGGUCCCUGGUUGCUAAUCUGGCCGCCGCGAACUGCUACAGCAAAGAGAAGCACCUGGACCUGGACGCCAACUGGGGCCUGGUGGAGAAGGCUCGCGUCUUCUACAUUGCCGGCUUUUUCUUGACCGUGUCGCCCGACUCCAUUCUGAAGGUGGCCAAGCACGCAUCGGAGAACAACAAGGUGUUUGGCCUGAACCUGUCGGCGCCGUUCAUCAGCCAGUUCUUCAAGGAGCCGCUCAUGAACGUCAUGCCCUACGUGGACGUUGUGUUCGGCAACGAAACGGAGGCAGCCACGUUUGCCCGUGAGCAAGGCUUUGAGACGGAGGAUAUUGGAGAAAUUGCGCGGAAGGUGCAGAACCUGCCGAAGGUGAACAAGAACCGUCAGCGCAUCGUGGUCUUCACGCAAGGCAAGGACGACACCGUGGCAACCGUCGGUGAUAAUGUGACGAGUUUCCCAGUGCUAGAGAUUGAUCAGAGUGACAUUGUGGACACCAACGGAGCUGGAGAUGCUUUUGUUGGAGGUUUCCUGUCGGAGCUGGUCCUGGAGAAGCCCCUGGAGCAGUGCAUCCGGGCCGGCCACUACGCCGCCAACGUCAUCAUCCGCCGUGCGGGGUGCACCUUCCCUGACAAGCCCGACUUCCAAUAACCUCCACAACCUCACGCCUCUUCCUCCUCCUCCUCCUCCUCUUCCUCUUCCCCUAAACACUGUGUAUUUCCAUAUCCUCUGCCUCUCUCUCUCUCUCUUUUGAUCUCUCUGUCUUCAGAACAUCCACUCAUUCACUAUAAAGUGCACUAUGAAAAAGCAUACAGUAGUUAUUCACUAUAUUGUGCACUGUUUGACUCUAUGUGUACUCUGAAGUGAAUCACUAAUAAGGUUGCUGUUCACUUUAAAGUGCACUAUGUAGUGAGUAAGUGGUUGUUUUGAACACAGACACUUUCUUUUUGUUUUGUAUUUUUUUCAGCCUCUGUAAUGUAAUGCCUGCAUCUCAGACUCUUAAUGUGCCUCUUUGUUUUUGUUUACACUUUCUACUCCUUGGCAGGACUCCACAGAAAUUGCAAAUGUAUACGUCUGAUGCGUCACACUAAAAUUAAUUCCCCCAUAACUGUGAGAAGCAGCCUGAACUUGAACUUUAGCUGUCCAAAACAGCAUCACAGUAGUCUUUUUUUUUUACACACACAAAUAGCAAUCUCCUUUGUAUUUAAUACUGAAGUGAAAGAGAAUAUGUAAAGAAAAUCUAGUAUUUGGAAUGCGAACAUAGAAUAGCAGCUAAUGUAAUCAAUGUCAUAGAUUUCAUAUUUCAGACUAAGGAACAAGAAUAGAUCAUAUUCGGCAAUUAUUGUUGUGAAGCUCAGGAUGUAUCUGUAAACGCACAAUCCACUAUGUUAAAAGAAAAGGUACACGAUUGUUGUCUGCUGAAGGUCAAGAUCUGUCUGCAUACUCUGUUACACGGCCAAGCGUCAACGUAAUGCAAUCAGACAAGACAAAUAAAUAGAAGAAGAAGAGAAAAAAA